AUGCAGGAGAUGUUCGUGGAGAACCUGGGCGAAUGGAGCUUCGUGGCCGACGAGCUUGACCUCCACGAGGAGGAGGGCUGGGCCUGGUGCCGGUUCCAGGUCUCGGAGCCUUCGCCGCGGCUGCUGCUGGCGCGCAUGGCUCUGAGCCCUGAGGAGCUCGUGGGAAGCUUUGAGGAGUGGAUGAUUGAGCUUCCGCCGCAGGCUCCAGCGACUCCGGCUUUCCGCGGAGCGCCCCUCACGCCUCCACCUUUGCAGGCGGCCCCAUCUCCGGGUCGCGCGGGUUUCGCGGCAACUCCUCCUCUGGCGUUCAAAGAGGCUGCUCCACGCACUCCUGACUUUCCUGUGCGGCGUGCCGCUGCACGUCCGCAGAAGCGACAAAAGAAGGCUGUCCCGGCUACUCUGGGCUUCGCGGGUUUCGCGCCACGCACUCCACAUCUUGGCCAGGCUCUGGCCACUCCGAGAUAUCCCGUUCCGGAAACUCCGCAGGAGGCCGACGCGGACUCGCUGGAGGCGGCCCGCGUCUUCCUUGCGGAGCGGGGCGGAACAGCGCCGCUGAGCAUGCUGGCCGGCAGCUUCAGGGUGAAGAAGGGUCAGCUGCUGGCGGCUGGCUUCACUUUGACCCCCAAGCCCAACGCCAACGGGGACUACGACGUCCGGGACCCGUCCACCGUGCCCUUCAGCUUCGAAGGAGUUGGGCCGACCAGCGCCAAAGGCUUCGCGCGAGGCUCACUGGCUCGGGCCAUGGAGCGGCAGGCGCCCAACUUGGCUGCGCCAGCUGAGACAGGCCAGCCGCCUGCGGCCUCCAGCCGAAAGAGGAAACGAAAGCCUAGCGCAGGCCAAGUUAAGCAGGAGGACGCAUCGGAGGGACUGGAGCCGGAGAGGCGCGUUCCGGCGAUGCCAAGCAGGCCUCCAGCAGGCACCGGAGAGGGGCGAGGGUCGCGAGGUGCUGAGGAGGACCGGCGGCGGAUCCUGGAAUGCCUUCUGCCCCACGAUGGGCAGGUGUCUAUGAGCCGCAUAGGAGGCGGGCUUGGCCUGAAGAAGGAGCACAUCAAGGCCGCGGGGUUCACGCUGACGCCACGGGGCGACGGCGACUUCGAUGUCGCGGAUGCCUUGGGCAUCGGGUUUGCUCCGACUGGCUCCUUGCUCGCCCCGCGAGGCCCUCACCCGGAGGAGCCGGAUGCCCGGCGGCUGAUCCAAGGGUUCCUGGCUUCACAAGGCGGCAGUGCCCUGAUGAGCUGCAUCUCUCGGUCACUGCGCCUCAAGAAGGAGCAGGUGGAGACGGCAGGCUUCUCCAUGGCCCCGACGGGCCGGGAUUUUGAGGUCUUUGAUGCGGCAGAGCGGCGGCGGCGGCUUCUGCGAGGGAUGCCAACAGCAGCGGGAGUAAUGGCGCUGCCGGCGCCUGUCGGCAGACCGGAGGACCACCGGCAGCAGAUCCAGGAGAUGCUCGCCAGGGCCAGCAGCCCUCUGCUGCUCAGCAUCCUGGGCUCCCAGCUGCGACUCAAGAAGGCCCACGUGCAGGCUGCAGGCUUCCACCUGGUGCCCACUGGCAUCAACGGGGAUUACGAGAUUCACGAGGCUUGA